UGCUUUGAUCAAAUAUUUAUUAUGGAAAAGUAGAGGCUGCUAUCUAUUUUCUAACGCAGGCCCAAUUUUUGUCGGGUUUUUAUGAACACACCCAACACUCAGAGAAGGUUGUGUAGAGCGGUGUGGUGUCCAAGCAUGACGGAAUCUAUUGACGAAGAUGGAUCUGUGGUGUGGAGUUUUACUAAAACUGGUUUAGUACUGUUGAGAAGUAUAGGCUUGAUGCCUUUCAUAAAGAAGAAAGCGCUUAGCAGAAUUUUGUGCAAAAUCACAUUUGCUCAUUUCUUGAUGUCCGCGCUCUCUCAAUUUUCAUAUUUGCUAUUCGCUGAGGGCAAAAGCUUUGAAUCGGUUGUGCCAACGAUAUUGCAGUUGCUCAUCAUCAGCAUUAUUAUUGCGAAAUCGUUGAUUGUAAUUUAUCGCAGGAAAGAGAUAAGGGAGCUGCACUUUUUCUGGGAGGAUGAAAAAGAUCUCAUCAAUUAUUCAAAGAUGUGUGUGCCCGAGAUCAAGAGAGUUCUGUUCAUCUAUGUAUUAUCAUUGUCCAUUUCUGGAUCAGCUUGGCUAUUCGUCCCUUCUGUAAAUCAUUCAGCUCACCAAGAGAAAGGGCAUACAAAAAUGUCACAAUUACCAUAUUUGGGGUGGUACCCACUAAAUGUUGAAAAUGAAAUUUAUUUUUAUCUACUUUAUGUUCACCAAAUCAUUGUUUUAACACUGGUUGGAAUUGCUUCUCAUGGCUGCAAGCUACUGCUUCUGACACUUAUAGUCUUCGUCAGCAAACUGCUUGCGUAUUUCAACAAAAAGCUGAGAAAUGUGCCGAAAGCGGAAAAUUUAACGUCAAGUGUAGAGGGCUGUGCUAAGAUCAAGUCUAAGAUCCAAGUGUUCUUACAGCAAAUUCAUGGCACAUUCUUGAAACUUGCUUUCCUCCAUUUAACAGAACUGACAAUUAUGUUCGUAAUUGCUGCGUUUCGAAUGACAGAUCCCCAGAAUACUUUUUGGCAAAAAGUAAUUUUGAUGCAUGGCGUAUCUACCCAACUUUUAUAUUUCUAUUUACUGUGCAGCUACGGCAGUGAAAUAAUUAAUCAGUGUCACAAAGGUUCAAAUAUCAUUUACUUUUGGCCUUGGGAAAACUGGAAAUUAAAGGACAUAGAAAUGAUGCAAAUGAUGGCAACAAUAAAUCAACGGCCUCUUAAACUGAAAGCUGGGCUCUACACUCUGUCUCUGGAAUUUUUCCUGACCGCUUCUGGGAUAGCAGCAACUUCUUUUCUCCUACUUAUUAAUGUGAGGGACCACCAUAUAGAAUGACAUAACUAAUGGAAUUUCAUGUAAAUUAACUUAAAUUUAAUGCUUUAGAAACCUUUGAUCUUUAUCAAUAUUAUCUUGGAGAAUUAAAGCAUUUAAAAUUGACGAUG